UUAGUCUCAUAAAAGAUAAAUCUUUUAAACAAAAUUACCUAAAUUAAUUUUAAAGCUUUUUGAAGAUAAGUGUGAACAAACAACUUGAAAAAACUUUCUGUAAUUUUCCAAGUGAAUUACUGAUGCAGAAAAUUUGUCGGAAUGUUCUCUUUCUAUAUUUUGGUUUUCGUUCUUAUAUCUCCGUCGCUUCAAGAGGCGGUUGUGAACCGAAAUAAUCAAAAUACUCGAAUUAUUGGGGGACAUACAGCACAUAUUAGCCAAGUUCCAUUUGUUGCAGCAAUCAAUGUUGAAGGUUCUGGUUAUAACUGGUUUUGUGGAGGAGCAUUGUAUGGAAACCAGUGGAUUAUCACAGCUGGUCAAUGCGUAAAUGGUGCCACUCUUUUUACAAUUCGAUUAGGAGCAAUAAGUUUGACUGAACCGGACGAGAACCGGGUAACUUUUUCAACAUCAACUUUUUUCUUACAUCCUGAAUUUAAUACAGAAACUUUGGAGAAUGAUAUUGGACUUAUAAAGCUUCGAAUGCCUGUUACACAUACUAGCUACAUUAAAUCAGUUAAUUAUUUGGCUUUGAGUAAGCUUUGGGAUAACACACAUGUCUAUGUGAUGGGUUGGGGACAAACUAGUGAUGACAAUGGAACUUUGUCAGAUGAUCUGAAAAUGGCUUUAGUAACUACUUUACCCAAUGAAGAGUGUAAAGUAAUCUUCGGAAAUCAAAUUAAAGAAUCUAUGGUUUGUGUUGAUGGACAAUAUAACGAAGGAGCCUGUCACGGCGAUACUGGAAGUCCCUUAAUACUUUUACACCCUCGAGGUGUAACAGAACAUGUGGGAAUAUCAAGUUUUGUAAGUUUUAACGGAUGUGAAACCCCAGAACCAUCGGGCUACACAAGAACCUACCUCUAUAAUGACUGGAUUAAUAAUACUACAAAGAAUAACUAAAAAUUAAAAAAAAUUGUCAAUAAAAUGAUUGCUUCAGUUUAGUAUGUAGUUUAUAUAAAUGAAAAGAAAUUUGAAUUAUAUAAAUUUAAUUUAUAUUAAAGAAAGAACAAUAAGAAAUAUUAAUUGAAAGAGUAGGCAGUGAAAAUAGAAAAAGUAGAGAAAAUAAAGAACAAACAAAAUAGAGAGUUUUGUAAUAACUGUAUUAGUACCUUGUUCCAGUUUGAUUACUACUUUUAAAGAUAAAACUGUAUCGUUUUUAGACACAUUUAAAAAAUCAAGAAAUUUUUAGAUCUCAAAUAAUUUAUGUUGAGUUUUAUUCAGAAAACAUAUCUUUGUAUAAUUUUAUUAAUCUCAUGUUUUAGAUCUUAUCUACAUUUUUAUACAAUGCUAGUAACAUUUUUGAUCCAGUCUCUAUAUGGGAACACUCUUGUAAAUCCAGAAGGAUCCGUAGAUUCACAUCCGUUUUCGCUUAAGAAACUUCCAACACCGACAAUGAGGGUAUGACCACCACCAACAGUUUGAAUCAAAGGACUUCCACUGUCACCCUUUAAGAUUAAAUUUAAAAAAUUAUUUCAAUCUAACGGAGAAAUGUUGGUUUAACCCACCCUACAAAUACCCUCAUUAUAAUUUCCAGAUACGCAAACCAUGUUACUUGUAAUUCUGGAACCAUAAACUAGUUUGCAUUCGUCGUUAGUCAAUGUGCUCAAUCUAACAUAUCGCAAGUUAUUUGUGAUGCCAGCGUGUUCUAAGAAUAAACAUUUUAGUUAAUAAUGUGCGUGUUGUGAAUCGAAAAUUACCAUCAUCGAUUUGGCCCCAUCCAAAGGUUGUAACAGGAGCUGAUCCAGGAAGAUCGGCAACGGGG